AUGGCUGCAGAGGUGGAGACGUCAACCGGCGCGUCCAAAUCAGCCGUGAGGCGUCGCAAGCGCAAGCAAGGCAAGGCCGACGGAGCCGCUCAAGCGCAGGGACUCGAAGGCAAAGCCCAGGACCAGCUUGAGACGACGCUCACGGACAAGAACCGGCUUGCGAUUGCCCCUCGUAGCAGCCGCAAGCCUUCGCAUCGCAAUCCUGUUCUCUCGACAUGCAAAACAAGCUCUCCUGAAAAAGCGAAGACUAAGCAGCAGCGUCAAGCAUCCAACAGCAAGCGCCGCCUGAGAAGGCUCGCGAAGAAGAAACGGCAGCGCGAAGAGAAAGCUCGCGUACGCCAGGAAGAUAAGGAAGAAAGAAUGAGGGUCUAUGCCGAGACUGGUCGUGCUCCGCCGAAGAAGAGGUUCAACCCACCACCUCCAAGGCCAGAGCCUCAGAGUGCUUGGGACACGGGCAUAUAUGAGGGCCGGCAGAUCUGGGUCUUGCGACCUGAGAGACAACCACCUGUCACGGAAUCGUGGUGGGAGUGGUGA